AUGGACAGCAACAUCCUCUUCAAGCGCUGCAAGGCCGAGGAGAAGGAGGAGCUCCUCGCCAACUUCGAGGCCUGCGAGUACGCCUCCGGCGAGGUCAUCAUCAAGGCCGGCGACCAGGGCGACUGCUUCUACAUCAUCCAGACGGGGUCGUGCGACAUCUUCCUCCCGAACAACGAGGUGCCCGUGGCCAAGUGCACGGCGGGCAACUCCUUCGGCGAGCUCGCGCUCAUGUACGACACGCCGCGCGCGGCGACGGUGAAGUCGACGUGCCCCGUCAAGGCCUGGAAGAUCGCGCGCCAGGCCUACCGCCUCAUCUUGGCGUACCACGCGGUCCAGCGGUCCAACGAGCACAUGGCCAUCCUCAAGGAGGUCGUCCUCGUCUCGUCGGACCAGCAGGAGAAGAAGAUGCUCAAGGACUGCCUCAGCGAGCCCCAGCUGCGCAAGCUCGCGGACGCGAUGGACGAGGACAUCGUGCACGCGGGCGACGCGAUUUUGCGCGAGGGCGAGAUCGGCGACACGUUCUAUGUGAUCGCCGACGGCCGCGUCCAGGUCGAGACGAAGCACGACGGCAUCGUGACGACAUUGGAGAAGGGCGGCUACUUCGGGGACCGCGCGUUGAUCUCCGAGGACCGGCGCGCGGCGACGUGCACGGCCAUCGGCGGCGACGUCAAGCUGCUGGCCAUCGACCGCGACGACUUCCUUACAUUACUCGGCAGCGUCCAGGAGAUCAUG